AUGAAGUCAGCUGCCUCCUCACUUCUGGGCUCCAAGAUUCUUCUCAAUUUCAAUCACUCUCCUCUCCCUCGCUCCUCCUCUAUUUUCUACGCCAAAUCCAUUCCUCACGCUCACGCUCACUCUCGCCCGCCCUCUUUCCUCCGCACUUAUUCAUCACGAACCUCUGCUCCAAUCAUGGCUGCUUCUUUCAAGCCUGAACAAGCCAGGAACCCUCCUGCUCUUCCCUUGCCCACUCCUCCAAUCACCAAGUUCAAGAUUGGAUUAUGCCAAUUAUCUGUGACGGCCGAUAAAGAGAGGAAUAUUGCGCAUGCUCGCACUGCCAUCCAAGAGGCUGCUGAGAGGGGUGCCAAGCUCGUUGUUUUGCCUGAAAUUUGGAACAGUCCAUAUUCCAAUGACUCCUUCCCAGUUUAUGCUGAGGACAUUGAUGCGGGUGGUGAUGCAUCACCAUCUACGGCUAUGCUUGCUGAAACUUCUCGUCUUCUGAACAUCACAAUUGUUGGUGGUUCUAUACCGGAACGUUCUGGGGAUCGGUUGUACAACACUUGUUGUGUAUUUGGUUCUGACGGAAAACUGAAAGCUAAGCAUCGGAAGAUACACCUUUUUGAUAUUGACAUUCCUGGGAAGAUUACCUUUAUGGAAUCUAAGACUCUUACUGCCGGGGAGACUCCAACCAUUGUUGAUACAGAUGUUGGGCGUAUCGGCAUAGGUAUCUGUUAUGACAUUCGGUUUCAGGAACUGGCUAUGAUAUAUGCAGCAAGAGGUGCUCACUUGCUAUGCUAUCCUGGGGCAUUCAACAUGACAACUGGACCACUGCACUGGGAGUUAUUACAGAGGGCAAGGGCUACAGAUAAUCAGUUAUAUGUUGCGACCUGUUCCCCUGCCCGAGAUGAUAAAGGCAGUUAUGUAGCCUGGGGCCACUCCACUCUCAUAGGACCAUUCGGAGAAGUUCUAGCUACUACUGAACAUUCUGAGGAUAUAAUUGUAGCGGAGAUUGAUUAUUCGCUCAUGGAUCUCAGAAGGGAAAACCUUCCAUUAUCAAAGCAACGCCGAGGUGAUCUUUACCAGUUGGUAGACAUCCAAAGGCUUAAUUCUCAGUGAUUUGAGGCAGGAAUGUUAAAAGAUUUGUAUGGUGCACAGAAGAAGUUUUAUUGUGGAAGAGGGGCACUAUGAUUAAAAUGAUGAGACUAGCAUUGCCUUUGAAUCUAUUGAAAAAUCUUUGAUUUGGUAAUGUGAAGUUGAACAUUUAAGUAAUUACCAAACACUCAAUCCUGUCAGGAGUAUUUUUGGUAUUGUGUUGCUAGUUGGCAAGAUAAAGAGGUAGAAGGCGUGGAUAUGAUAUGUAUACAUGUUUAUUCUCAGAAUGUGCAACAUGCAACUACUACAUAAAGAAUAAAAUGUCAUUAAA